ACAAGAUCGAACUAAAUUUCUUGGGAUAAAUUUUCGCUUUAUGAGAAGCUUUGUAUAAUUUAGAAUUAAUUAUUGAGGCGUUGCUUCUACGGUUUUACUGGGUUUUGUUUUUAGCAGGAUCGACAAAAGGUUAAGGAUCAUUUGUUUUUAUUCAUUCAUUGCAUUAUUUGUCCGUGAUGAAGCCUGUAGAACCAUCAUCUAAACGAAGAUGGAGUAGGCAUCGUAAGGAAAUGUGUAAUGUUUCCAAAAGACUCGAAACAUUCAAGAAAAUCUCAUGGUCACUUAGUUCGCCGAAUCCAGAAAAACUGUCUGCCGUUGGAUUCUACUACAAUCCAAUUCAAAGGCCCCAACAAAGGCUCGACAAUGUGACAUGCUUCAUGUGUUCAAAGUCUUUUUAUGACUGGGAAGAAAAUGAUGAUCCUUUAAAAGAGCACAUAACACAUAGUCCGAGUUGCCCAUGGGCUUACGUUUUGUCGGCUCGAAAUAAUCCUCAUCAGGAUCCAAGGGCUCCUUCUUUAACGAAGUGUAGAGAACUGACGUUUGUUGAUAAAGUAUGGCCAUAUAUCAAUCGUUCAGAUUUCCAUUGCCAGCCGAAUACGAUGGCUGCAGCUGGCUUCGUUUUUACUCCUAGUACAGACUCCAAGGAUGCAGCGCAUUGCUUGUACUGUAAUAUUGACCUUCAUGACUGGGAGCCCGAUGAUGAUCCUUUUAAAGAGCAUCAACGUCGACGUCCUGAUUGUUUGUUUUUUACGUGGACAGACCCGACGGCGCUCUCUCCAACCAAGCUUUCCUUGUUUUCUUCAUCAAAUGUUGAUCUGGAAGAUGUUUCCGUAUCUGAGCUUGUUUCUAAUUCGUCAGAAAAAAAUCCUUCCAAAAUGGCAAACGAAUCAAAAACUUCUCCCCGAAGGAGAAUCUCCUCUCUAAGCCAAUCUCAUCCCUUUUCUUUAUACUCCAAUUCUAAUCACGACUCUUCUCUCGUACAGUCUGAAAAUCAUGGCUCAUCCCCAUCAAAGCCUGCUGUAGUUACUUCUCCUAGACGAAGAGGGAAGCAGUUGAGGAGAAAGUCAAAAGAUGCAGUGUUCAAACCAGCUAGGCCUAUAUUCUCUGAUGAAGACGAAGACGAACAGCCUGAUUUCAGAUCAAGCCCUCCCAAAUUUUCUACGAACACUCCUAAAAAACAUAACCAACAACAAGAAGAUUCAUCACACAUCCUUCCCAACGGCUCCAAUUUUCCCUUUAACUCUACUUUACCCCUUUCAACUCCUCCUUCACCUAAUAGAACUGAUGAAAGUUACCAUUCAAUUCAUUCUCCUGUGGCUACCGCUCUACCCCCUAUCCAAGAAGAUGCCGGUGAAUCAAAUAGCAAAGAAAACUCUGUAAAUUAUUCCAAUUAUGCUGAACCUACGAAUACCCCUACUAUGAGCUUAUCAAACAUCACUUUUCCCGCUGAAACGAUCGUUAAUUCCAAAUACCCAGAAGAAAGCUUUCAGACAUCUAAAAAAAGGAAAUCAUCUGAAAUUGAAGAUGUUUCUCAUCAGCAGCAGAUGGAUACUGUCCCCGAACUUACUCUUCCAACCGUAAAACGACAGCUGUCUACUGAAAGCACAACAGCUAAUGAUACGAAAAACCAGCUAGCCUCUAGUGAAUCAGAAGUAGAAGCCUUUUCUGCGGAAACAAGUAUUUUCGAAGAUUUUCCUCAAAAUCCUUCGAUCAAUAAACACGCCUCUUCCUUUAUAACUAGUGACGAUGAACCUUUAGCCAAAUUGCUUCAAUCUCCUAAGCACAAGGUAUUGACAGAGGGAAAAGAUGUAAGUCCAGAGAUUUCGAAAAAUAGAAGUGAAAAGCAUUCCGUUUCGUCUUUGAAGGACAAUUCGUCCUCUAGUCUUGAGGCUGUACAUACUCCAACUUCAGAUUUUGAUAGAGAUUCUGCACUUGAAUCAGAUACCUUAACCGCGUCUUCGAUCACUCCAACCAAAGAUGAAAUUUUGAAAAACAAUAACAAUAAAACAAUGAAUUCCGAUCCAUUGAUAAAUUCAACUCCUAAACAGGAUUCGCGUCAACGAUGUUCAAGUGAAACUAAACAUUCAGAGAUCAAAGGAGACUAUCAGGAUUCCAAACCGCUUCGAAAUCUGACAAAUAUAGAGAGAACCGCUUUAAAACGGCCUUCUACUAUAUCAGAGGAUCCAUUACUGAGUGAAAGCAGAGGUUUAUUGGAUACGCAAACCGAGACUUUAUCAAGUUCAAAAGAAGAUGAAGAACAGACACUAAGGAAGGAUACUCGAAUGGACGUAAACACGAACUCACCUACCAAUGAGGAGAUAUUCCAUGAUUCAGAAAAUGCCUUUUCCAAAAGCUUGGGACCCUCUGAGAAGGAAUUGGAAGGAUCGAGUUCUGAGGUUAGAAGCGAAGAACACAAACCCACUAAUGCAAAUAGCGAACUAUCAAACAAUCUUUUCAAAACGGAAGAAAACGAGAGUGUAGGUUCGAAGGAAGCAGUAGGUUCUUUAGGGAAUUCUAAGACUCCAUUACAAAAUUCCCCCGGGGAAUCAGAUAUAUAUGAAGUCCAACAUUCUUUGCAUAGCACUCCAAAAGGUCAUCACCAUUUAGACGAACUUCCCGAAUUUUCUGCUUCUCCAUCAAAGCACUUCCCUGAUGAUAUUUCAAAAAGCCCGUUCGAUCCUCUUUCGCAAUCUUCUUUUCUGGCUCCUCGUACACCGAUGAGGACCAAACCUGCUCCACCGUCUAUAAAGCCUUCGCUUCCGCCAUGGGAACCAGUUGAUUUUUCUAGCCUUUUGGAAACCCCUGCAAACAAACGUCGUGAAUCGGAGGAUCUGACGGAAGAAGAAUUAAAUAUGACAGUAGAGAAUUGGAUUAAAUAUCAGUAUGCUAGAUGUGCUAAAGCUUUCGAAGAGGAAUGUGAACGCCAGAUUGAAUGGCUUCUUAAAGAAGGGAAGAGGGCGGAAGAUUAUAUUCAAAAUUUAUAAUUAAGUUAUUGCUUAAAUGUAUUGUACUUUGCAUUUUUUUUAUUCAUGUCUUACAGUUUGGUUAUUCUGGGUAUUUUACGAUUUUUAAUUUUACAAAUAGAGUUAUUUUUUUUUUCUACUUUAAGAAGUUGCAUUUUAUUCUAUGUUAGCAAUUAGAUAAUCAAUAUGCUGUGUAAGCAAUAAUAACAUAGCAAAUCGUUGAUGCUACAAAAAGUUGUUUAAUAAAAUUCAG